CUCAUACUUACAAUUUCUCAGCAUACAUUUUCAUUGCAAUAUUCUUAGCAGAAUCAAACCUGACAUGGAGUUUUCAAAGGUUUCUACCCUAGCUCUUACUUGUCUCGUGGGGUUAGUCUUGGUCCUUCCCUCCCAUGCCCAAGACUCACACCAAGACUACCUCAACGCUCACAACACAGCUCGAGCGGCUGUCGGCGUUGGUCCCAUGACUUGGGACGACACCGUAGCUGCCUAUGCAGAGAACUAUGCUAAGCAGCGCAUGGCUGAUUGCAACCUUGUGCACUCCAGUGGACCUUAUGGUGAGAACCUUGCUUGGGGCAGUGCUGACCUCUCGGGAACCGAUGCUGUAAAUAUGUGGGUUAAUGAGAAGGCCGACUACGAUUACAGCUCUAACAGUUGCGCAGCAGGUAAGGUUUGCGGGCAUUAUACUCAAGUGGUUUGGCGCGACUCUGUCCAUCUUGGUUGUGCUAAGGUGAAGUGCAACAAUGGCGGUACUUUCAUUGGUUGCAACUAUUCUCCUCCAGGCAAUUUCGUCGGUCAAAAACCUUACUAAAAACCUUCCUUAAUUUGCUUAAAGCCCUCCCAAAUCAGAACUUAUUUAUCUGCAACAAUAAUGCUAUAUAUAUGUACUGAUUUGCCUACUGAAUGGCAAAUAAUAAAUAAGGAAUGAAUAUCUUCUCAUUUGCUAUUAUAA